CAAUGCGCGUUUGGACAGCGGACUUUCCAGCCCCAUCCAGUAAUAUAUAUAGGAUGCCACACACAAUUUCCAAACUACACAUCAUCUUCCAGCUCGAAGCACAAAUCUAACGCCAAUUUCUUUCUCCGUUCCUGGCUAAUCCUGCAAUAUUCCUUGGAUUAUCAAUGACAAAGGUAUUCCCAAAUGCAACUUCCUUCAAGGAGGUUGAUCAGCCAAACCAACCAUUGGCUAUUGAUCAUGGUGGGAACUUGGAUGGGGGGCCAGUGGUUUUGACUGUUUGGAAGAAAUCCUUGCUGUUUAAUUGCGAUGGUUUUACUGUGUUUGAUGCCGAGGGAAAUUUGGUCUUUCGGGUGGACAAUUACAUGUCCGGUGCUAAAGGAGAGAUCGUUCUUAUGGACGCGUCUGGCAAGUCUCUGCUAACCAUCCGUCGCAAGAGACUGAGUAUUGCGGAUAAUUGGUUAGUGUUCGCGGGCGAGGAAGCGGUUAAUCCCCGGUUUUCCGUGAGGAAGCAAGUGAAUUUCUUGAAUUCGAGGUCACUAGCCCAAGUGAGCUGCCUCUCCUGCUGUGACAGUGGAUCACCGUCAUCGCCCUGCUCCUCCUCUUCUCCUAAGAAGAAGUUGGUGUACGAGAUUGAAGGCUCUUACAAGCAACGGUGUUGUGCGGUGUAUGAUGACAAACGGAGGCGAGUGGCGGAGAUCAAGCGGAAGGAAGCCGUCGGAGGGCUGGUCUUCGGGCUGGAUGUGUUUCGGCUUAUAGUACUACACGAGCCUGGCAGCAGAAUUGAGUCGGCCGUGGCUAUGGCCCUUGUUAUCGUCCUGGAGCAGAUGUUUGGAUCUUCCUCCUACAGUCCAAGAGCCCUCCAUUGAUCAUUGUUCAGUCGUCGCUGCAGCAGAAUACAGGACAGCAACUACAUACAACCUUGGCUGAGUUCGAUGGAUCGAUCGAAAGGAUUCAAGAAUUGGAAUAUUGUUAAAUGCUGCAUGUGCAUUACUUGGAUCUUUGCUUCAACAACAGCGCUAGAUUAGAGUUGCCUCAUGUGAUAGAUGCUCAUCUAGGAAAGACCAUUCAUACAUAUAUUGCAUAUCCCCUAGUAUGUAUGUAUAUGUGGACGGGAGCUGGUUUUUUCGUUUUAUAUAAAAGAAGACUAAGCUCUCGAGAGGGGAAUGUAUACUUAUCAUUUAUCAAAGUCAUGUAAUUAGAAUGAGAAAUCCGAGACAGCGAAAUAAUAAAUGAAGUUCAAAGGAAGGGUUUUGCUUACUGCUCAA